GAGCUGUGCCAGUAACUGGAGAAGGAGAGAAAAGAAGACAAGUGAAGCAGAAAAGAAACGUUUUCCAUGUGCAAAGAUGAAGGUCGAGGAAAUAAUUAACAUUCACACAUUCUUUCUGAUGCUUUUCAAUGCAUUCUUUUUGAUUUUGGGUAUCAGUUUGUUUGGCUGCGCUGCCUGGAUCUUUUUCGACCAAGACAGCUUCAUUGUUGUCCUCAGCGAUGAUGACACCAUGAGACAGGUUGCUGUAUUUCUGGCCAUUAUUGGACUGGUGGUGAUCUGCGUCUCUGUACUUGGCUGUGUGGCCGGACAGUGGGAGAGCAAAUGUCUGCUGGCUUUUUACAUGGGAUUUCUUAUCGUCAUUGCGCUCGGUCAGAUUUUUGUGACAUUUGUCCUUUUGGCUCAAAGAAAUAAAAUUACAGCUUAUCUCUACGAGCAAGUGGAUACUACCAUAAGAGAGUAUGGAGUAUGGAACGCAAAUGAAACAACUAUAGGUACAUGGGAAUUACUGGACAAGGUGCAGCGUUCAGUUAAGUGUUGUGGCGCAGAGAGCCCAGCUAACUGGAGCAGUAACCUUUACAUCAUGUCACUGAUGAACAAUACUGACCCUGUCUACCCCUGUUCAUGCUUCAACGGCACCUGCCCGUACCUGCCUACAGGGGGCGACGAGAGACAACUCUUUGGCAAGGGUACAUCUAUUUACACAGAGGGAUGCCAAGGUAAACUGGAGAGCUGGUUGGCAGAGAAUAUAGGUGUUAUCAUUGGUAUGGACCUUGGACUGUUAUUCAUACAGGUGGUUCAGUUCUCCUUCGCGGUGAUGAUAUACCAGAACAUCGGCCGUAAGAUGAAGAGGGACAAGAAGAAGCUGAUUGGCUCCUCCGUGGAGGCGGAAGACCAGGCAGAGGAAGUGGAUGAUGACUCUGAUCGUCAGGGUGGUGACCAUGGUGACAGCCCGGGUCAACAAGGCCAAGGCUACCACCUGCAGCAAUCAGGCUAUGAUCAGCCGCAAGAUUACACUCUGCAAAACCAACAGGGCUACGAUCAACUGGAUUCCCAGCGGCAACAGUACAAUCAGCAAGGGUACCAGCAGCAGUAUGAUAACCAAGGAUACCAACAGGAAGAUUAUGGUAACCAAGGAUACCAACAGCAACAGUAUGGUCAGCAGGGAUUCCAGCAACAGCAGUAUGGUCAACAAGGCUACCAAGAGCAACAAUACAGUCGUCAAGGCUACCUGUAGCAACCAGACAACCAACAGGACUAUGGACACCUACACACUAUAGAUGACCUGGGCUGAGUUUCCCAAAAACAUUUAAAGGGACACUGUGUGAGAUUUUUAGUUGUUUAUUUCCAGAAUUCAUGCUGCCCAU